UGUCAUUGCAUGUUAGAAAGUUGUAGAGCACUAAUUUCUUAGCUGUCAGUGUGCCUGCUUAUGUGUACGAUGGUGAGAGCUGUUCAUAAAGAUCAUGCUGGGAUCAGAGUGGAUUAUGUAAAUGCACCAGGUGCAUCAAGCAGAGAAACUGAAACACAUCCAGGGCUACGGAUGAUGAGGGUGGUUGCUGUUAGUUUUGGACUGCUGUGCAUUCUACAAGUUUCUUUGAAUGUGUGCCUGCGUGUGCUUUUCUAUACCCCAAACACUCAGAUGUUUGAUCAAGAGACAGUUUGCAAAAAUGUCACACCAAGAGAGGAUAAGCUACGAAAACUAACUGAUGUGUAUUUUAAAGAGGGAUGGGUGUAUUUUCAUCCAAGUGUCUAUUUUAUCUCUUCAACCACCAAAACCUGGCAGGAGAGUAGAAAGGACUGUCUGCAGAGACAAGCAGACCUGGUGAUUAUUGACACCAAAGAAGAACAGGACUUCACAAGGCAGUUUCACAAGCUCACAUGGAUCGGUCUGUACAACAACACAGUGACAGGAGAGUGGACAUGGGUGGAUGGGACUCCACUGAAAAAAAGCUACUGGGGUACUGGAGAACCAAACAAAUUUGAAGGCAAAGAUGAAGGAUGUGUUGAAAUCAGGUUUUUUGAACUGGAGAACAGCUGGAAUGACAUCCCAUGCAUAGACCGUAACUUUUGGAUUUGUGAGAAAAAAUAUUACAUUUAGUGUGCUGUUUUCCAACCACCCGGGGUCUCAUCCCUGAAUUUAACUUUUUAUUUCUGUGCUCUGCUUUUAGAACUUUCAUUACAACAUCUGCACCUACUCUUUCAACCACUGGUUUAAACCACCAGUUUUCACCACAUUCUGCCUGCUGUUCUGUAAAUUGCACUUUGUUGUUUGCUGUGGAAUUUUAAAUUUGUUUGAAAAUCUGAUUUUUUUCCCCUGUCAAAUACAUGACAGACUUGCAAAAACAAAGAUGUGAUCAUUAUUAAUUAAAUAUGUAGCGACAUGAAUAGCCUCAUUUGUGACCCAAAGGUCACACUUCUUCUGCUUGGUCAAGCUGUCCUGGCUGUACUUCUAUUUACAGAUCAUCCAUCACAGAAGACACAAAGUCUUUAAACCAUCUUUAAUCUGACUGCUGUUAUCUGACUGCUGUUCCAUCUGCAAGACGAAGGACACUUCAAGAUUUAAAAGAAUCAUUUUUACUAAACUCUUUUCACUGUCUGUUACAAUGUUCAUAAAUAAUCAUCAAGGUUCAUUGUAAUUGUAUUUAAUUACUGAAAUGAAUUAUUAUUCUUUGGUUAAUAAUAAUUAUUAUUUAUGAUAAUCAGUAAUGUUUAACAGUGACAAUAAGGUCAUGUGCACUUAUACACACCAUGCAAGACACAGACAUCAGGGUAAAGGUAACUGCAUUCACAUGUCUUUGUUCCAUAACACCAAAGCUUUCUAUCUUGAGAGGGCGUGUUCUGAGGUAUGUUAAAACCAAAACUCCUCAGUUCAAGUUCAGUUCUUGAGCUCACCAAAAUCUCUCCGUGGCACGAGAGUCCAGAGUAUCGGGUCGGCCGCUCGAAACCUUUACUAAAGCUGUUCUGUCACGCCGAUAGAAUUGCUUCAAAAAAACGUCAUCUGCAACAAGCUGACGCUACAAGAUUCCUUAAGAAUCUGCUCAGACGCAAACCACGUCCACACCUGUGUGCCUGCGGCAACUCUAGGACCAGAGAGUCGGUACCAUUGGUCUCCUCUACCGAACCGAGUACCCCAAGGCUGAUCAACAUCCUCCCUUGACCUCCAGAUCCAAACAGAGUGUCGUCUGAACGGUGAGGUAGAACACAGAUUGCAUCUGGAUGCCUGUUUUAUUAAGAAAUAAUUUAGCUUAGCAGCAAACCAAACUCUUUCACCCCGAACGUGUUUUCUCUCUCUGAGAUAGAAACCUUCUGAGACUUACAUUCGCACAUCCAAACACACACAUUUCAUUGUAGUUUCAUCCAGACACAGGUUGCUUUAAUACCAAGUUUUAAUACCAAAGCUUUUGUAAAUUGGCAUUUAUGAAUUGUCUUUUAAAUUGUCAUCUUUAAAUUGUUAGUAAUAAAUUCUUAACUUUUUAAA